AAACAACUCCUAUAAGAACUAUUUUAUUUGUAAUUCCUAAAAAAAUCGAUACUUGAAACACCUGUUGACCAUUAUUUCUAUAGCAACGUACUUCAAACAAGACAGAAAAUAACCGGAAGUCAGUUAAAAAGGUGAAAUUGUCAUGGCGCGUGGUAUAACAAACGAAACUAAAGCAAAAUUCGAAGCUCUUUUAAAAGCAGCUUUAAAAAAAUCGGAUUCAAAAUCGACUCAAAACCUAAUCGAAAAAUCACCAGAUCAUGGUGAAGACAAUAAAGUGUUUGAAGAAACCUUAAAAAACGAAGAAGAAGUAGCAAACAAUUUCAUUUUAAAUAAAUUUUUAACUGAUGAUUCCACUAUGAUUGAAGUUCAAAGACCAAUUCCUAAAGUGCGAAAGAAAUUGCUAAAACAACAAUCGAGCGAAUCCGACAAAGGGAGCUUUCAAUCUAAUCACACAUUUGUUAUUGAAAAAGAAAGUGAGUCAAAAGAUUUGAAUUUAAAAGACUCCUCUCAGAUUAUAAGAAAGUUUUCGUCAUCCUCUCAAAGCUCGCGAAAAACCUACGAUGUGAACAAAGAAGAAAUUGGAGAUAUUCUUGUACAUGAUAGAAAGGAAGCGAUUCAGGUCUUAAAAAUAAACACUAAUAAUCGUACUGCUUCAUCUAUUUCUAACACAGAAUACGAAGGAAUCGAAUUAAACGAAUUGGGAAAUAAUGAAAUUUUUAGUGAAGUUGAGAAAAGUGAUAAAGACGAUGAAAAGACGAGCAUACGAUAUGUAAAUGAGAAGAAAAAGAAAAUUAAGAAAAAAAAGAAAGAAAUUAUAGAAGAAUCUAGUCAAAAUAUUGUUGAGAUCACAAUCCAUAAAACGAGCCGAUUAAAAUUAAAGAAGUUAAUUCAUCCAAUUGUUAAAGUCUUUGUUAUAAAUUUCGAAACGGGGGAGUUUGUAAAAAUGCAAAAUAAUCUUAAUCCUGAAAAUAUUGAAGAUUUAAAAAUCUCAACGCAACCUUUUUAUUUACAAAAAGAAAGAAAAUUAAAUCCUGAAUGGGAAGAAACAUUAAUAAUAAAUAUUGAUCAUAAAUUAUUUACUGAAGAAAAAAAUAUGUUGUUAUUUGAAAUUGUGGAUUAUGAUAGUUUUGAAACUCCAGAAACAGAUAUAUUAUUAAAUUGGCAUCAUAUUGCAUGGGGAUUUCUAAAAAUCGUAGCAGGAGAUGGAAGUUUUAAUAUAAACAAAACGUUACGACUUCAACUUUACAAACCAGGUAAUACAAAAAAAGGAAGUUUUUGCCCUGUUUAUGACUGGUGGAAACAACAAAGAAAUAAAUAUCCAUCGACACUAUACGUUACUAUAAAAGAAAAUAACACGACCAUUAAAGCUGCAAUAAAAAAUUUAAAAAACAACAUAGAUAACGAAUACAAACAUCAAGAACAAUCAAGUAAUGUUAAUGAAUAUGAUAACAAAGAUUUAUUAAAUUCAGAACUUAAAGAAAAUGAAAAAGAAAAAGUUAACGAGAUAUUAACAAAUUUGCAAGAAAAAACCUUUAAAUUGCCGAAUAAAUUACACAGUGAAUUAGAAAGUGGUGAUGAAGGAUGUUUUGCUUUAAAAUUUGGAAACACUGGGAAAUAUUUAGUUUGUUCUAUUCUUUCCAAAGAAACAUACUUUUUAGUUGUAUAUUUCCUCCCAAAUUUAGACGAAUAUUUCAAAUUAAGCUCACAUCAAGACUUAAUUUACAACAUAACUUUUUCGAAAAAUGACGAUUUAAUCCUCGCAUCAUCAGCCGAUGGAACUGUAUCAAUAUGGGACUUAAAUAAAGUUAAAUUUACACAGAUGUUACCUCAUCCUUCGUUUGUGUAUUGGUGCGAAAUCGGUCAAAAUUUCAUCGCGACCGGUUGUUACGAUAAAAUAAUACGGAUAUGGCGAUUAAUCGGGGAUUUAACGUGGGAAUUGUAUCAAGAGUUAGAAGGACAUGAUGGAUACAUAACUUGUAUAUGCAUCAAUUCAAAAUCUACCUGUAUUUACAGUUCGGAUUCUUUGGGGAAUAUAAAUUGUUGGGAAAAAGACGUCAACGAAAAUUUUAAUUUAUACAAGGAAAUCGUCCUGGUGGAACUUAAAAAUACGGUUAUUAAUCAAAUACUACUACAUAAACGAGAAAAGAAAUUAAUUGUGCAUGCUAGAGAUAACAUAUUGAGGAUUUUAGAUAUUAAAAGUGGGUGUGUUAUAAAUUGGUUGGAGGGUGGUGUAAAUAAUAGAGUAAGAACAAUUUGUUGUUUUUCACAAUGUAACUCAUACAUAUUUUGUGGAUCAGAAUCAGGAAGUAUAAAUGUUUUUAACAUAGACACCGGUAAACUCUCAGCGAUUUAUCAUCCAUAUAAAAAGUUCUCCACAAAUACGUUAACCAUACAUACUUUGGAUUUUUGUUCAAAAUCAAAAAUAUUAGCUUUCGCUCAUUUUGGACGAAAAAUACCAAUCAUGAUAUACUGCUUCGAUCCAAUAACGACUGAUAUUGAUUUAGAAGUUUUUGACGUCCAAAGAAAAUGGAGAAAUGCAAUCAGUAGUGUUGGUGGAAAUCCUAGGAAAACAAGAUCGGCGGAGGUUGGGCAAAAUGAAUCUAAAUGUGUUAAUUUAAAGGAAAUUUUAGAUAAAAUCGAUAGAAUUAUUACUUAAAUGCAAGAAUAUA